GCUGGCAGACGGGGUAAAGGGAUAGACAGCUGCUGGAAGAGACGUUGUGAGAGCAACAACAGAAAACAGAGAGAAAAUACGACAAAAAAACACCAACAAAACUAACAUCUAGAACAUCCUCCAAUCAUCUCUGCUUAUUAUCCUUUUUCUAUCGUCAUUAACAUUUUACUCACUGCUCCGCCUGGAAGGGAUGAACUUUGCUCUCAGGCCUCCAUCAGCAGGCAGUUCUGGGCCUGGCGCUGGCAGAGGAGUCACCAUGGAGAACCUGGAGAAACAGCUGAUCUGCCCGGUCUGCCUGGAGAUGUUCUCCAAACCUGUGGUCAUCCUGCCCUGCCAGCACAACCUCUGCCGCAAGUGUGCCAACGACAUCUUCCAGUCAGCUAACCCUCUGUGGCAUUCCCGCGGCUCCUCCAGCAUGGCUUCCAGUGGCGCUCGCUUUCGCUGUCCAUCGUGUCGCCAGGAGGUGGUGCUGGACCGCCACGGGGUCUACGGUCUGCAGAGGAACCUGCUGGUGGAGAACAUCAUAGACAUAUACAGACAGCAGGAAUCCUCCAGGCUUGUGAACAUGAAGCCAGAGCCGCAGCAGCAGCAGCUGCUGUGUGAAGAACAUGAAGAGGAGAAGAUCAAUAUCUACUGCCUGUCCUGUGAGACGCCAACCUGCUCCAUGUGCAAAGUGUUCGGAAAACACAAAGACUGUGACGUCGCACCGCUCAGCAGCGUUUACAUGAGACAGAAGACAGACCUCAGCGACAGCAUCGCGAUCUUGGUCGCCAGUAACGACCACGUCCAGGCCGUCAUCUCUCAGAUGGAAGAAAUCUCCCGCACUGUAGAGGAAUAUGGUCGGCGACAGAGGGAGCAGCUGGCUGACAGCUUUGACAGCCUGGUAGCCAUCUUGGACGAGCGGAAGCGAGAGUUGGUGGGGCUCAUCACCAAACAACAGGACGAUAAACUUAAACGUGUUCGAUCUCUCAUUAGUCAGCACAGCGAUCAACUGGAGACGGCAGUGACGCUGGUCGAGUCAGCCAUUCAGUCGAUGGAAGAGCCCCACAUGUCUUUGUUUAUACAGAGCGCCGAAGUCAUACUGGAAAAAAUGGCAGUGACAGCCAGAGCCGCUAACAUGGAGCGUCCAGAGCUCGGUUAUGAGAGUAUGAGCCACUUCGUCAUUGAUACUGAUGACCUCAUUGACAUGCUGAAGAACAUUGACUUCUGCUCUGGCAUGAGAGAUGAUGGAGAAGAAGACCCUGAAGAGGAUGAAGAGUCAGAACUUGACUUCAACUCCAGAUAUUAAGACCAGAACAGAGGUCCUCGCUGCAGUCCUGAAGAAAUGUAAAACAGAGACGGAAAUAGAGGUUUACCAUAAUCCUCUGGAUGAAAUCCACACAGUGUUCAAGAGUGAAUUCAGCCACAUGAAAACAACAAAGACGACAUGGAAAAACCCUAAAUGAUUGAUAGAAAUCAUAUAUUUCUAUACAUUAUCUAUCUGUGUUUCCUCCUGCAGUAGCCCAGGUGUGGGAAGACUGACUCGGCCAGAUUUUAGCCUCCUACAUUGUUGCCUUUUGUAAAACAAACAAACAAAAAAAAAUCCAGUGUAUUGUGUGUAAAUAUAUCUAUCUGUGUAUAGCUCACAGGAAAUGUAUACUGUGGAUUUAGUACAGUAUUCUGUGUUGUGGGAGGGAAAGCAAAAAGAUUUUCUUCAUGUGUGUCUGAAGGAUUUAAAGCCCGUUUAUAGCUUUUCUGUCACAACACUUUCUAAAGGCUUUCGUGAAAGACUUUUUAUAAUUCAUUUCAAAGAUUAUGUAAAUAAAUAUAAAAAACUGUGUGAGGAUUAAAGUCAAUAAGAUAGAAAUGGUUUCUUGAAGAGUAGACUCAUUUUUAGCGGGGCAUGUUUGCAGCUCAGAACUGAGGUUACGUUAUUUUGUCAGUUUAAACUGUA